AUGUUUUCUCCCUGGCUGAGUGCCGUGAACUCAGAGAAACCGCACAACAAUGUUACCAAUUUCAGAGUUGAGAAGUUAGAUAAGAUACGUUUGCUUCCUAAGGCUCAGCAAAAGUUAGCAUCCUCGGUUCAUACAAGUUUAAAUGAUUUACUUGUCAAAGACUGUAGUUUCAUCGACAAUAGAUCAUCUUGGUCAUUAUUUGGCUUGGAUGAAUACAACGUUUAUAUUCCAAAGUUACAGGAAAAAUGCCAACCCAAUGUUUUGAAGUGCAAAAAGCAAAACUGGUCAUAUGACAACAGUCGAUGCUUCAGCAAGAAAAAGCUGGAACAGCAAAGGCUAGUCACUUUAAAGGAACCCAUAAGUCUAACAUCUAGUUGCAGGUCAAUGUUAGAAGGUUGUGUGAAGAGCCAAAGCUGUGAAUUCAAGCCCGUGGAAUAUCCCUCUACCAAACCAAACGCAUUGUUCUAUGAUACUUACGAUUAA